UUGGGCGGCUCACGUUGCAGCGCGCUGCCGCUGCGGUGCGGGCGCGGGGAGCGCAGAGCCGUCAGCCUCUCUCGCCUCCUUCCCACUCUCUCUCUCCUCCUUCCUACUCUCUCCUUCCCAUUCUCCCUCUCUGCUCCCUUCCUCUCUCUGCUCCCUUCCUCUCUCUGCUCCCUCCCUCCCUCCCUCUCUCCCUCCCUCUCUCUCUCUGUGCCGCGGCUACAACACUGCUACAACCAAAGAUACUAGCUACACUGUCGCACUUGGCGAGCGGAUACUCCGACGCUCCGCAAGGAGGGAGCCUCUGAUGCUCAGAGUCGAUGUCGGCGACACCGAGGUGAGGAUCGGGGGCCUCCGGCAGCGCUCCGUGCCCGGGGAGGGGAGGACACACACACACACACGAUGAAAUGCAGAGCUCCAAGGACAGAGCAGGAAUAAGCGAAACAUGUCAACGGGUGUGGGUCGGAUUUCACAGCGAGCUGAGGUCUCCUCCAUUGUCGGAGUGAGGCAAACGCAAAUUGGAGGAACAGCAUCUCAUAUUUCGCUUGGACAGCUUACAACCCAGUGAAACAAUGAUAGAAGAAUGAAAGCAGAAGAAAUUGGAGGCUAACCAGGAAAUUGCCAUUGUUAUAAAGAUUUUCAAGCAUCUGCAGUUCUUUGUUUCUCGACAAUAUUUCGUUGCUGCUGUACGCUACAAGCUGAAUCCUAUUCCCCACUUCACCACAGCCCCUGGUCUACGAGAGCUGCUGUCGAACCUCGCCUGUACCAUUUAAACCGGUAAAAUAAUGGCCGAUUCCUGGUUCCGAUCCGCUCGUAUGUUGUCCCCGAGCUGCUGAAAAUAUCUUCAGGCGGUGAAACGCUGCAUGCCUGGCUGUUCCAGACUCACACAGGGGACUGAGUCCGACUGGAGCUAUUUGGGGCAAGUGAAGCUAAUGAACCUUUGUGGAACCCGCUGCCGUUGUGAUUAAACAAUAUAAAGCAUAUGGUGGCAGUAUUUCCCUCAAAAAUACAUAAUGGCUUCAGAUCUGAGGAGGAGCCCGUGGAAAGAAUAAAUACAAGUCGCUGUAGAUCAUUUGAAAGCACCAUGAGCGGGAUUUUGAAGAGAAAGUUUGAAGAUGUUGAAGGGACCUCCCCAUGUUCCUCCGUGAGGGAGUCCGAGGAUGAGGUCUCUGGGAGCGAGAGUGCCGAGAGUGGAGAUAGUGUCAACCCGUCCACUUCCAGCCACUUCGCUCCAUCAUCGAUCCUGAAACGGGAGAAGAGGAUGAGGAGGAAGAGCGUGCGCUUUGACUACGUGACUGUGUACUACUUCACGCGGAGGCAGGGCUUCACCAGUGUUCCCAGCCAGGGAGGGAGCACUCUGGGCAUGUCCAACCGGCACAAGUGUGUGCGGCAGUACACCCUGGGUGAAUUUGCACUAGAACAGGAGAGACUUCAUGGAGAGAUGCUGAAGGACCAUCUCAAGGAGGAAAAGCUGAACUCAUUGAAGCUCAAGUUGACAAAGAAUGGAACAGUGGAGUCUGAAGAAGCCAGCACACUUACACUGGAAGAUAUUUCUGAUGAUGACAUUGAUCUGGACAACACGGAAGUCGAUGACUAUUUCUUCCUACAACCAUUGCCGACCAAGAAGAGAAGGGCUUUGUUACGGGCGUCUGGUGUCAAGAAGAUUGACGGAGAGGAGAAACACGAGCUUCGUGCAAUUCGAGUUUCCAGAGAGGACUGCGGCUGUGACUGCCGAAUAUAUUGUGAUCCUGAACUCUGUGCUUGUAGUCAAGCGGGAAUUAAAUGCCAGGUGGACCGCAUGAGUUUUCCGUGUGGAUGCACCAAGGAAGGUUGCAGUAACGCGGCAGGCAGGAUUGAGUUCAACCCUAUCAGGGUAAGGACACACUUUCUGCACACCAUCAUGAAGCUGGAGCUGGAGAAGAGCCAGCAGCAGCUGGACCUGGAGAAGGGACUGUCGGUGGGAGAGGUGAACGGGCACUCUGCCCAUCUAUCCCGCCCGUACUCGGCCACUGAGGCCUUUGAGGUGGACAACGAGCCAGAGACGGCGGUGAUGCACCUGCAGUCGGCGGAGGAAAUGGAGUGGCCUGAGGAGGAGGAGGAAGAGGAGGAGGAUGGCAGCAGUCUGUGCAGUGGUGUGACGGACUCCAGCCUUCAGAGUCUGGCUGCCAGCGAGUCAGACGACGAGGGAGGGGGCAAACCCUCGUCUGUCCCCGCCCCCCCAGCACAGCCCGACACCCUCUCCCUCCCCUCCGUGCUGUGCUACGCCGACGGGACCUCGCCCGAGGCCGCUUCCUACUACGGCAACCCAUCCGCGCUCUACUAUCAGAUUGACCGCAACUCAGCUGCCAGUGCCGUUAGCGCUGACGACAGCGCCUCGCCCGCCUCCACGGAGCGCAGCGGUGAGCCCUUCUGUGUGGAAGCCACCUUGACCUCGAACUACAGCGAGGGGAGCCAGGAGAACGGGGCGCUCUCCCUGGUGCCCUACGGCUCAGCGGCAGAUCAGUACAUCGAGUACACCCCACAGCCAGAGGGAGGCUUCGGCGGUGCCCACUACCCCAUCCCCACCCCCUCCGUGAUAGUGUGCCGCCCCUCGGUUCAUGGAAACAUCGCCCAGUGCAACGGUCUGUACUCAGACCAGCAGCCAGGACACUCCCGAGCGGACCUACAGAGCUACUUAACUAACCACGUUCAGGAUGACUACACCACUGCUGCCACUGCCGCUGGAGACCUGUACUCCCCCAAGCAGGUCCUGGACAAUGCCAUAAUCCUCCCAGAGGGCAGCGCCUUGCUAGAGGAAACCAUCAAAGCCUCAGUCGUGGAGACGGUGUUUGUUUAGCUUGCUCCCUCGCUCUGCACGCUUUGUCCCUCCCUCCACACCGGUCAUUCAGAACGGGAAAGAUUUACAACGUGAACGUUUACAAUUUUUAAACACUCAACACCUUUCCUUUGACUGAUCAGAGGCCGAGAUGAAUGCCACUGGACGGCAGUGAUUUACUGACUGCAAUCAGAAAUGAGUUUCAUGUGAGACACUGCAUUAGACAUUGUAGUUUAAUGCGAGCCAUUUCAGUCACUAAUAAUUUAUUUGACUUUCAGAAUCAUUAACUUACCUGAGCAUUAUAGAUGAAGGACAGCGCAGCAGCCAGACUCAAUCUUCACUCUCUGCUGUAGGUCUACGCGACAAUCUCAAAAGUUUAAAAUAAGGUCCCUGUUUUCAACAAAAACUUGGAAAACUACUUAUGUACUAUACACGUGAACAUUGUGAAAAUAAUUUUGUUUCAUCUGUGAAUUUAUUUAUGCCAGUUGGUGCGAUUGUGAAGUAUAUGUUCAAUAUUUCUCUUUGAUUAUGACAGAUAAUUCAAUCCAAGAGAUCAGCAAAAAUUGUUUGAGAUGAUACAGGCUUCAUUUUCAGUUAAGGAGUUAUUUUGAACUGAAUAUGAAGACAGCUCUUUCUUUGUGUUUAUAUUUACUCUACAAGUGUGAAGGCAGUGCUCAUAGUUUCAUAAGACAUAGGAGCAGAAUUAGGCAAUUUGGCCCAAUGAGUCUACUCCGCCAUUCAAUCAUGGCUGAUCUAUCUUUCUCUCAACCGCCUUCUCCUUGAAACCCUUACUGAUCAAGAAGCUAUCAAUAUCUGCUUUAAAAAUACCUAAUGACGGCCUCCACAGCCAUCUGGGUGUGAUGAAUUCUACUCAUUCACCACCCUCUGGCUGAAGAAAUUCCUCCUCAUCUCCAUUCUAGGUACGUCCUUUUAUUCUGAGGCUGUGCCCACUGGUCCUAGACUCCCACUACUGCAAACAUCCUCUCCACAUUCACUCUUGCCAGGCAUGAGACUCCAGUGAAUAACAAAAGCUCAGGAUCUCUUUAGACUGUGAGAACAGGAGUUUUAUUUUUAGAAUCAACAUCAUAGUUUCACUGAUCCAUGAAUAUGGUAGCUCACAGCCCUAAACAUACAAACAUUGAGUUGCCCAAUUUUAACGUAACAACCCACCUCCCUUUUCCCCUGCCUUAGCUUGGUGCACACACAUUUCUCCCGUUAUCCCACCCCUUCCCCCUAUAUCUUCCUCUGGCUUCACAUUUCUCUUCUCUUGCACCUUUUUGUCUCCUUUUCACCUCUGCCCUCUUUGUCCACCCAACUACGACAAUCACAACCCCCCACUCCUCAGCUGUAUCCACCCAUCACUUGCCCGAUUUUGCCCUGCCUUACAUCUCACUUCCCUCCCCACCACCAGUCUGACCCAAAACAUCACCCGCCCACCCCCCCCACGGAUUCUGCCUGACCCACUGAGUUCCUCCAGCACUUUGUGUUUUUUCUUCCUUUUAAGCAAGCCGUGUGAAUUGCAGAAUGAGAAAAUACUGGCACAUGAUCACUGACAUAUCUCAAAUAAAACACAUUAAAGUCCAUGGAAAACACAAAGUGGUAGUGGGAAUCAAUCUGUCAUGCUAUCACUGAAUGUUAUAGCUCCCCCAGCACUUGUUUGACAAACUAAAGUGGAAUCAUUACCUCAAAAGAAAGAUUGUGUACUCUUUAUAUGUACUGUGCUGUUUUCCCAGCUAAAUCAAAUAUUUUAUAAAUGGAAUCAAAUUCCUUUUAAUCAGGCAACAUGGUUCUAUUUUGUCACUCCACUGUGGUUGAUAAUUUAUUAACGGUGUGAAUGAGGGCAGCACCGAGGCGCCGCUGAUAGAGCUGCCGUCUCACAGUUCGAUCCUGACCUCAGGUGCAGUCUGUGGAGUUUGCACGUUCUCCGUGACCAUGUGGGUUUCCUCCGGGUGCUCCGGUUUAUUUUCACAUCCUAAAGACGUGUGGGUUUGUAGGUAAUUGUCCUCUGUAAAUUGCCCCAAGUGUAUAGGGAGUGGAUGAGAAGGUGGAAUAACAUAGAACUAGUGUCAACGGCUGAUCAAUGGCUGGCAUGGAUUCGGUGGACCAAAGGGUCUCUUUCCAUGCUGUAUCUCUAAACUAAACACUGCCAACAUUUCCUAACUGCAUGAAAUCAUUCACAGGAUGGAAUAAUGCAAAAUUUAAAUUUAGCAAGAUAAAAUUUAUUUAAUAGAGUUCAUGUCAUAGGAGCAGAAUUUGGCCAUUCGUCCCAUCAAGUCUACUCUAUCUUUCCCUCUUAACCCCAUUCUCCUUCCUUCUCCCUGUAAACCCUGACACCCUUACUAAUCAAGAACCUGUUAUAAUCUCCACCUUAAAAAUAUCCAUUGACUUGGCCCCCACAGCUGUCUAUGGCAAUGAAUUCCACAGAUUCACCCCCCUUUGGCUAAAUAAAUCAGUUGUGGCUUUGCAAAAUGCAUUCCAAGAAAACACUGAACUUUAAUUUACACAUUCCCAUCAGGGAACAAUAGGGCUUAUCAAUGUGAAAAAAUAAUCACCAGGGCAGCCUUGGUGAAAGUCAUGUUAGGAGAGUCUGAUUUUAACAUUUCAUUAUAUGGUUCUUGACAGCAAUCAGAGAGUUCAAAGUUAUGCCUGGGGUGAGGGAAAUAAAUCAUUCCUUGGUGACAAGUUCAUUUCUCAGAGUGCAUCUUACUAUAAAUUCUGCCUCUACUGAGCUGUUACCUUGGUGAAUAAAUCUUGGCUUUCAGGUUGGUGAUAUGACAAAGAUAUUGACAGUUCAGAAAGUAGAUAGUUGGUCACUUACUUUAUAAAUCGUGGACGCACAAGAAACAACAGUUGCUGGAAUCUGGAGCAAAACACAAAGUGCUGGAGGAACUCAGCGGGUCAGGCAGCAUCUGUGGAGAGAAUGGGAAGGUGACGUUGUGGAGUUAAUCUGAAGAAGGGUCCUUACCCGAAAAGUCAUCUGUCCAUCCCUCCACAGAUGUUGCCUGACCCGCUGAGUUCCUCCAGCAGUUUGAGAAACAUAGAAAUAGAAAUAGAAAUUAGGUGCAGGAGUAGGCCAUUCGGCCCUUCGAGCCUGCACCGCCAUUCAAUAUGAUCAUGGCUGAUCAUCCAACUCAGUAUCCCGUACCUGCCUUCUCUCCAUACCCCCUGAUCCCCUUAGCCACAAGGGCCACAUCUAACUCCCUCUUAAAUAUAGCCAAUGAACUGGCCUCAACUACCCUCUGUGGCAGAGAGUUCCAGAGAUUCACCACUCUCUGCGUG